AUGGCGACUUUCAACUUCCUCAUCGUCUUCUCUUUGUACCUCCUGCAGGCUGCAGGUCACGCCUUUCCCACCAUGAUCCUGCAGCGGCAUGAUGGAGUCUUCCCCAACGUCACCAAUUCCACCAACACCUCGUCUGUGGACGCCGCCUCUGGUACCUUUGUGAUCUCUGUCAACGCUCCUCGUGAGGUUGACCAGAUGGUUGCCAACCAGGUCAAGCGCUACAAGGACACUGUCAAUCUCGCCGACGACCAUGAGAUUCUUCCUGGCAACGGCAAGGAAAAGCGAGUCCACCACAAAUGCCACCUGACCUGCAGCCCUACCAACCUGGUCAGCCUUUGCAAGGGUUCUCCUGUCCUCGCUGGAUGUACCAAUGACUGCACCCUCUACACUAAAGGCCCCUUCCCGCUUACUGGAGGUAACGGUGUGGCACCCCUUGGUGGCAACGACACUGACCCCGAUGCCAAUGUCACUGCGGACGAGGAGCAUGUUGCUUGCGAGACCAGCGGCCUGAGAAAGGUAUUUGCUGACACCGAAGACUCUCAUAACUUGCCUACUGCAUAUGAUAAUGGGGACCCGACUCCUGACACCAUCAUUCGUGCCAACACGGAGAUCCAUAUGCCACUGCUUGAGGCCUCAACGGGUUCUACUAUGACCCCGGUGACCCAGGAGCAGGUAAGGGAUGGCCAGCUCUAUGAGAAGGUCGCAUUACUCCACGAAUCGCCCCGGGAGCUCACCAAGUCUGCUGUGCUCGGUGAACUUUUCAAGAAUGGCGUCAGGCGCUUGCUCCCUGACAAGACCACCACCAACCCGGAGACCAAACCGCAGCCAGAGGUAGGCCCUCCUUCCGUCUGGAGCCGACUCUUCACCCGCGAGCUGCCUGUUACCAUUGACGGAGACCUGGUGGACGGUAUCCUGAUCACCGACCCUCCCGGCGCAGACCCAACUUCUGUUGACGAUGAUGAGGGAGCUGACGUUGAGUACGAGGAUGGAGAUUCUGAGGAUGCCGAGGUUGACUCUGAGGACGAGGACUAG